ACAACUCAUUCGUGUCCGAAAGCCCAGGAGGUGCAGGCUGGGGAGGUGCAUCCAAAACCAGAAAAUGGGAUUCGACCCCGAGCGUUUCAGUGAGGACGUGGAUCCUGACUUCAAGUGCAACCUGUGCAAUAAAGUGCUGGAGGAUCCGCUGGCCACUCCGUGCGGGCACGUCUUCUGCGCCGGCUGCGUGUUGCCCUGGGUGGUGCAGAGGGGCAGCUGCCCGGUGCAGUGCCGCAGGCUCGGCCCCCGGGAGCUCAACCACGUCCUGCCGCUCAGGAACCUCAUCCUCAAGCUGGAGAUCCGCUGCGGUAACUGGGAGCGGGGCUGCGCCAAGGUGCUGAGGCUGCAGCAUUUGGCCGAGCACGCCGAGAUGUGCGAGUACACGCCGGCUGAGUGCAGGAACCCGGGCUGCGGCCAGGCGCUGAGCCUGCGGGACAUGGACGCUCACAUGCGGGAGAGCUGCGAGCAGCGGGCGGUCGGUGUGUGCCAGCAAGGCUGCGGCUUGGUGCUGGUGCACAGGGAGCUCCGGCUCGGCUCCCACUGCUGCGUGCAGGCUCUGAAAGCGCACGGCCAGGCACUGCAAGCUCAGCUCACCGGUGUGCAGCGCCAGCUCAGGAAGCAGGCAGUGAGAGCCGGCAAACGCGAGAAGUCGCUGCUCUCCCAGCUGUCAGCCCUGCAGAGUGAGCUCCAGAUGGCAGCCCUCCGAUACCAGAAGAAAUUCACCGAGUACAGCGCCAGGAUCCGCUCCCUGACUAAGAACAGCCCCGCUCCGUGCAGCGGAGGAGAAACACUGACCAUCAUCAUGCAGCGGGACUCGGGUUCCCUGGGAUUUAAUAUUAUUGGUGGCAGACCUUGUGCGGAAAAUCAAGAGGGUGCAGCGUGUGAGGGGAUUUUUGUGUCAAAAGUAGUGGAGAACGGGCCAGCAGACAAAGAAGGGGGAUUACAGACUCAAGACCGGAUUCUGGAGGUUAAUGGUAAGGACCUAUCCAGAGCAACCCACGAGCAGGCAGUAGAAGCUUUCAGAACAGCCAAAGAACCCAUUGUUGUACAAGUAUUGCGAAGAACUCCACGGACAAAAGUAAUUAACCCAUCUCACGAAUGUCAGCUGGUAGAUAUGGGCACGCAGACAGAUAUCACCUUUGAACACAUCAUGGCAUUGGCCAAAAUAAGACCACCUACUCCACCAGUUGUGGUACUGGAACAGUACCUUUUGCCUGAAGAACAUCCAUCAGGACAGGAUUAUUACGAUGCAAAUGACUAUUUGGGAUUGCAAACUGAACUGGACAGAGAAGAAUUAGAAUACGAGGAAGUAGACUUGUACAGAUUACACAGUCAAGACAAGCUUGGUCUCACAGUUUGCUAUAGAACGGAUGAUGAAGAUGACUUGGGAAUAUACAUAAGUGAGAUUGAUCCCAACAGUAUUGCAGCAAAAGAUGGCCGCAUAAGGGAAGGGGACCGAAUAAUUCAGAUAAAUGGCAAUGAGAUCCAAAACAGAGAGGAGGCUGUGGCCCUGUUGACUAGCGAUGAAAGCAAGAACAUUUCUCUGCUUUUGGCACGGCCUGAGAUGCAGUUGGAUGAAGGCUGGAUGGAUGAUGAUCGAAACGAUUUCCUCGAUGACUUGCAUAUGGACAUGCUCGAGGAACAGCAUCACCAGGCUAUGCAGUUUACAGCCAACAUGCUUCAACAGAAAAAGCAUGAAGAAGAAGAAGGCACGACAGAUACAGCCACGAUAUUGUCAAACCAGCACGAGAAGGAUAGUGGUGUUGGGCGUACUGAUGAGAGCACUCGAAAUGAUGAAAGUUCAGAGCAGGAGAACCUCGGAGAUGAGCAAACCACUUCCAAUACCCUCAGUCGCCACAUGAAGCUCAUGUACAGCCAGGACACUCUUGGUAGUGGCGACAUGCCUUUCAGUAAUGAGUCGCUCAUGUCGGGCGACUACACAGAUGUGGAUUUUCUUGGUAUUCCGGCUGAUGAGUGCGAGAGGUUCCGCGAACUGCUGGAGCUAAAAUGUCAGAUGCAGAGUGCCAACCGGUAUAGCCUGUACUAUCACAGCAGUACUUUGGAUAUGAGUAAAAAUGACCAGGAAAUUGUUGACCGAGAACUUGAAAUGUUGAACGAAGAAUUACGCAACAUUGAGCUUGAGUGUCUGAACAUUGUGCGAGCCCAUAAGAUGCAGCAGCUGAAAGAGCAAUACAGAGAGUCAUGGAUGUUGCAAGACAGUAGUUUCCACAACUAUAACACCAGCAUUGACAGCCGUCGACACGAGCUCUCCGACAUCACCGAGCUGCCCGAAAAAUCCGAUAAGGAUAGCUCCAGUGCCUACAACACUGGUGAGAGUUGCCGAAGCACACCACUGACAUUGGAAUUGUCUCCCGACAACUCGUUGCGCAGAACACCUGAAAAUGUCAACAGCGAAAGCACCGAGGGAACAGCCAACAAUCCUGCUUCCAACGGCUCAGCUCAAAAGCCACUAUUGUCCCUUGCCAGAGGCCGAGAGUAUAACCCCUCAAAAUCCAACUCUGCUACCAAGGAAUCUGACCACGGCCACCAGUCUGAGGGAAAGGAGGAGAAAAGUCUUGCCGAGGGCACCAAAGGCCAGGCUUUCACCCAUAACUCAGGUUCGCGAAACAUCCCCUAUCCAACCACAUUCCACCAUUCCCCAUAUAGACAUGCUCAUAUCCCAGCACAUGCUCAACACUAUCAAAGCUAUAUGCAUUUGAUACAACAAAAAUCUGCCGUAGAAUAUGCGCAGAGCCAGAUGAGCCUUGUAAGUAUGUGCAAAGAGCCACCUUCUCAGGAAUCCUCGAAUCAGUUAGAGCCCAAAAUGGAAUGGAAGGUAAAAAUCCGAAGCGAUGGAACCAGAUACAUUACCAAGCGACCCGUCAGAGAUAGACUUCUGAAAGAACGUGCACUGAAGAUUAAAGAAGAGCGCUGUGGUAUGACCACUGAUGAUGAUGCGAUAAGUGAGAUGAAAAUGGGCCGUUAUUGGAGCAAAGAAGAACGUAAGCAGCAUUUGCUGCGUGCCAAAGAGCAGAGAAGACGGCGUGAAUUCAUGAUGCAGAGUAGAUUGGAAUGUUUGAAAGAACAGCAGAGUACAGACGAGAAGAAGGAAGUGAACAUAAUUGAACUGAGUCACAAAAAAAUGAUGAAGAAAAGGAGCAAAAAAAUAUUUGAUAACUGGAUGACAAUACAGGAACUGUUAACCCAUGGCACUAAAUCACCUGAUGGAACAAGGAUAUAUAAUUCCCUGUUAUCUGUAACUACUGUUUAAGUAAGCUUUUUCACGCUGUACAUUUAAUACUACCAUUUGAGGUAGAAAAGGUCUUGCCUCGUUAAAAGUGGCAUAUUUUGUAAAUAUAUAAAACGAGCCAGUAAUCCAUAUGUGAAUGGAAGUGCUAUAUACAUAUCAGAAAUUGAUUUGAUUAUUCCUUUGUAGCGUACUUUAAGCAACUACCUGAUAUCUCGUUUUCACAUUGCUUAGAAGUUAUUACCUACAAGUUAUUACCUUUGGAAAUUCACAUGCCAAUAGACUCUAGUCAUUGUUAUUAUUUUAUAUAAAUUGGAGUCUCCUAAGAGGUAUUUAGGUAUGAAAUGCUAUUUGCCUUGUUCACACAACAAUUUGCAGUCAUGUGUCUUUUUAUACAGAAAAAAGAUCUGUCUUGAAAAGAUAAUUUCUUGCUGUUCUACUUGUAACUAGCUUAAAUUUGAAUCAGUUUUCAGCUGGAAGAAUCUGAAAAAAUAGUCCUGGAAAGUGUGUAGACUUAAGCAUUUCUGCUGGCAAAACAAGCUGCAGUAAGUUAGAAUCAACAUACUGCAAAUGCAGGAAAUCUGAAAUAAAAACCAAGUGCUGGAGAAACUUGAGCAAGCCUGGCAGCAUCUAUGAAGAGAGAAACAGUUCAUGUUUAUGAUGUUGUAUG